UUUCUCCUCCAGCCGUCGGUACACUCGAGAUCUGAGAGCCGAAGUAUCAACCUGGUCGCAAUACUUAUUUAAUAUCAUCUAAUCAGUUAGCCCCAGUCAUGUUGGCUAUAUCUUUGACCGCGUUUGUGGCGGCGUUUCUCCUGAGUGAUGCUCUUCCUACAGCUUCCAACAAAGAACCUGGUCCUCUUGCUGAGCUGCCUGAAAACUGGGACCAGACAAAAGAUGACACGCAAUCGUUAUUCCUUAAUAAAAGCGACAAAAAUGAUUUGGAGCCGUACCCAUUAGCCCUGAGCGAGGAAGGUAAUGCCGAAGGGUUCGAACAAUCAAUCGAUCAAAGAUUUGAAUCGCCACCAUCGACAGGCGAACUAGAUAAUCUCAUUAUGAGGCCAGAAUUAUAUGGCGAACCUCCAGCAAUAGAUAACUUGUCGUCUGGAUAUGAAUCCCGUCGCAGAAAGCGCGGAAGUGGAAGUAAAGUAAGCGGUGCUGGUGCUGCAACUAAAGUUGCUACCAACAGUAAGUCUGGAUCGGGCAAGAAAAACCUCAAGCAAAAUGACGCACCAUCUCCUGUAGACUCCGCUGCGGUUGAUAAUGAAGCACAUAGAUUAAAGCGUGGAACUGGUUCAAAGGUUGGCGGCGCUGCGGCUUCGGCUAAGACAGCCACAAAAAAUUCUGGAGGCAACAAAAAAAACUUCAGGUCAAUCUCAGAACGUAGGAAGAGAGAUUCUGGAUUAAGUGCUGCUGAUGUCCGUGCUUUACUCAAUAUGUGGGAAGCUCAAGAACGUAGAAAACAAGAAUGGAAUGCAAAUCGAUGGGCAGCAGACCGUUAUUAUGGACAUGUCAAUACACUUGAUGAAGAACAACCGGAAGUAGAUGAAAACGGUGACGUUUGGUAUAACGAACCAGUUGUUAUUGGAGCACAUGAUAGGGACUACCCUCGUCAUUCUUACUUCUCUGAGCAAAAUAAAGUGGCGGUGGCACAGGGGCUACCAGAAUUGUACCAGGUGGAUCCGAAUGAAGUAGCCCGUAGAUAUGAAGAAGCUCGUCGCAAGAGAAUGUACGCAAAUAGAAUGAAACGAUUUAUGGUUGCACGAAAGCGUUCAGAAGGAUCUUUCCAAAACAACUACCAUCCUCGUGACGAUCUAUACACUCUAGCUGAACUUCUUCGUUCAUCUCCUCGUGUGCAAGAACAAGACCUUCCUGUUUAUCGCCGACUUAUACUUUAAAUUGUCCCAUAUUCUUAGCUUAUUUCCAAUCGAAAUAAAGUGUCUCAAUAACCUACGUCAUUUUUCAGAGAGUUAGUCGUAAAUGCUUAAGUCUUUUAAGUUUAUUUUUUUGCUAGAAUUUUAAAAUGUUUCGUAUGGAUUCUUGUGUCAUAUAAAAUUGUAUUUAAGAUAAUAAUUUAGAUUUAAACAAAUGCAUAAAAUAUAUAUAACUACUUAGGCCUAACAAUUUUUAACUCUUGGUCUAACCCUACCUCAGUUACGGCAUAUCUUUUUUUUUAUCGUACAAAUCUUAUAAAACUUUAAAGAAGUCAAUAUUUAGGACAAAAUUUCAAGUACCUAUGAUAAUAUCAUAUUUUAUGUGAAGUGUAACUCCACAUUAAGCCCAAAAAAUUAGAAAUAUAGAAUUUGUGUAAGCAUAUAACUUGGUGUGUUAAUUAUAGCAAAAUAUAUUAAAUAUUA